CGUGCUCUUGCUGAUUCUCUCAGCAUCGUAAAUCUUCAACUAAAUAUCUCCCUCUCCCUUCUAUGCCAAGGCACAAGAGCUUAGAAGACACCACGUUACGACUACCCGCUGCAAUGGGAUAUCAUCUCGUACACAUUCUCCGGCAAAGAUGCAGACUUCAUCAUGGCCUCUACCGCGCACUACCGGCUUCUCGGGCGCGGAUGGUUCACCACCCUUGUCAACCCUUACAACUUUGCCUCCAACUGGGCCGGCCUUAUAGUCGUUACCGCCAACGUGGCUGCUCGCCAGAGUUUGUGGUUAGAAUGACUAUAUGGCCCUUCAUCGGCCUCAACUGCCUCGUCUUCUCUUGGUGGAGUUGGGAACACUAUCGUUCCCUCACUGGCACUUUCAAGAAUACCCCUGAGGCCUCGUACACGGACACGGUCGAUAAAUUACGGAAGCAUUACACGCUGAGCCUAGAAAACUUGCACCAAGGCCGUUGGUAUACCUUGCUCACGAGCGCCGUUAGCCAUAACAACCUGCCACAUCUGGCCUUCAACAUGAUCAGUUUCCACGCCUUUACUUCCUGUGCCGCGUGGUCUGGUCUGGGCUUAGGCACUAUAUGGACACUAUGUUUAGGAUCGGCCGUGUCUUGUGGUGUGGCGACGGUCCUAGAUUGGCAACGCAAGGGCUUAUCUGACAUCUAUGCCCUAGGUGCCAGCGGCAUUGUCUCGGGUGUGGGGGCGGCGAUGGCGUGUAUGGUACCAUUAAUGCCAUUCCGAGUUUUCUUCCUUCCUAUCGACAUCCCCCUCUGGAUGUUGACACUGGGAUACAUCGGAUAUGACUCCUACUCAUUAAAGGCCGAGAAUACCAAGGUCGGCCAUGCCGGCCAUCUUGGUGGUGCUGCUUUCGGCGUUCUCUUCUAUACAAUUGCACUUCGCAGGUUUGGUGGCGUGUCAGACCUUUGGCGUUUUAUAGCUAGAUUUGGUCUUAGGAGGAAGCGGCUAGAUGUUCCCCCACCAUUGAAACCGCGGGGUCGUAACCUGAAUCAACCAGCUAAGCCGCUCAGAAAGACAGGUCGGGAAAGAAGGAAUCAAUGAAGUUAACCAAUUAUUAUUUUUAGAAGAUAAUUAUUAUAUGUUAACUUAUUCAUUUUUUGUUUAUUUCUUAUUAAAUUAUAAUGUUUUUAUUUAUAUUUUAUUAGCUUUUAAAAAUUAUCAGCUA